AUGCGUACCUUGGCUGGUUGGCCACUUGUAGGCAGCACACCCGAAAUUGUGAUGGGUCUCUCGAGAAUUCAUGACUAUUUCAUCAGUCACAACAAGCAUAAUGAACUGUCUACCGCAACAACCUCGGCUAUAGGAAUCCCUCGUCAUGUUCACACAUCAAACCCAAUCAAUAUUGAGCACAUUUUGAAAACAAAUUUCGAAAACUACAUUAAAGGACCCGAAUUCCACAAUGCAUUGGCAGAUGUGUUUGGUGGAGGAAUCUUUAAUGCAAAUGGUGAGGAAUGGAAGUUCCAGCGCAAGACGGCAAGCAAUAUCUUCAACAUUAAGAAUUUCAGAGAUCAUUUCACAGAUAUAUUUGUCGAAGAACUGGAUUUCAUGGUUGAGAAUAUUUGGGACAAGGCUGCAGAAUCCCAUGAAGUUAUCGAUUUUCAAGAAAUCAUGUACAAAUUCACACUGGAUUCUUUUAUCAGAAUUGGAUUUGGCGCAAAGAUCAACUCCCUUGGAAACAAGAGUCAAGUGCCUUUUGCAGUCGCUUUUGACAGUGCCCAAAGGCUGGUCAUGCCACGCUUUGUCAACCUGAGCUGGCCAAUCACCGAGGCCAUCCAACGCACUCUGUUUCCAUGGAUCCCCACCGUCCAGACCCAUCUCAAGGUCAUUGACAAGUUUGCUCACAAGGUUAUCGAAGAGCGAAGAGAACAGCUGAGUCGGGGUGAAGAGCACGGAGAUAUCCUGUCCAGAUUUAUGACAGCCCGUGAUCUGUCUGACAAGAAACUUGGCAAUACAGAGUUGAGAGAUGUGGUACUAAACUUUAUUAUCGCCGGACGAGACACAACCGCACAGGCCCUGUCGUGGACUUUUUACAUGUUGAUGUGCCACCCCCGGGUUGAAAAGAAGUUGCUCGAUGAAAUCAAUACCAUGGUGCCCAUCGAGAUUAUGCACGAUCCAGUAGAGCUCUACAAAACCGUCAAGAACAUGAACUACGCCCAUGCAGUGUUUUAUGAAGUCCUUCGGCUCUAUCCUUCUGUGCCCCUAAACCAAAAGUAUGCUCUAAACGAUGAUAUCUGGCCCGAUGGUACCCACAUCCGUAAAGGAGAUUAUAUUCUAUGGGCACCAUACGGUCAGGGCCGAAAUGAAGCCUUGUGGGGUCCUGAUGCCAAAAUGUUCAAACCUGAGAGAUGGAUUCUUGAUGACGGUCGUUUGAACCGAGAACCUUCAUCUAAAUGGACAGCCUUUCACGGAGGACCACGAGCAUGUCUAGGUCAAAAUCUUGCCACCUUGGAGGCUUUGGUGGCUAUAAUUUUCCUUGUCCGUCGAUACAAGUUUAGUUUGUCUCAUGCUCAAGAUAUUACUUACCAAGUAUCCCUGACAUUGCCAAUGAAAUAUGGCAUGAAGGUGUCUGUUCAGCGUCGUUAA